ACCUCUGUCACAGUCAUGUCGCAGAACUCCCCCGCCACAAGCCUUCAUGGCUCGCCAACGAAAUCAGAUGCCUCGACGCUCCUGCUCUGUGAUCACUUGGACGUCUUGGACGUAGCGCAGGUGCCUGAGCAUGUGGCAGAGCCGCAGGUGAUUGUCAACACGGUGAGUCAAAAGGUGACGGGGGUUGUCACUACACCGGAUCGCAAAUGUGGGCCGACACCGUGUGCUUCGCCUACUACGCCAAAUCUCACAAGUGGAUUGACGCCGCUCAUGAGCAAAUUGCUUGUGAGCACUCCCCCUGCCCGCGGGCAGAAGCGUGGCCUCAUCACUACGCCCGAGACGACGAAGCCUCCAACCACUCCACAGCCAGUCAAGAGACUGCGGCGCACAGUGCUCCUCGGUGAGUCUGUGAAGAGCGUUUGCAGUUCUACUUAUACGUUGCAAAUUCGUUUCGUGCAGAGCUUGCUGGACUCACCAGUUGUGCCCUUGCAGAAGCGCUUGCAAGAGGCAGGGGAGAAGCGCCUCGCAGCGGAAGCUGCCGAGUCCCUGGGCAAGAGUGAGAAGAGCAGCAGCAGCGGAACCCGCCAAGUCCCUGGGCAAGAGUGA